AUGCUAUCAGAUGGAUCUGACGCCAGGUCAGUCAGAAACCCUCGGGCACGCACCUAUCAAGCUUUCGAGUUCGAGCUUCACUGGGAGGAUCGCGAGAUCAUGAUGACUCAUGUCAGCCAACACCAUCCCGAUCUAUGCAAAUAUGUCCCACCGAAACCGUACCAGAUGCCUGAUCUUCGUGUGAUGGGCGAAGAAGAAUGGAGGGAUGAAAUACGGCUCAGAUACCAUAUGAGGCGCUUCAACAUUGACAUCACCGCACUGGAGAUGAAGCUCCCAAAAGGGGAUGUCUGGGAUUGUAUCGAUGAUUUCGAAGAAGUGCAGGCAUUAUGUCAGUCGGCCGAUGCUACGGUUCUUUCAACGUUUCGGUUCAUCCUGGCGACUUGUUUGGUUGGCGAGGAUGUCGAGAUUUUUGAAACGAAUUUGUCCUGGCUUCGUCCGGCAUGGGGCUUUAAGUUAGAUGGGACCGAAUGUCCGUUCCUCCCUGACGACUUUGAUAAUAGCCAGAACGCCAAACGCAACCGAGUGUUGCAGUGGCGUGAAGAAUCCCUUAGAUGCGUACAGGUAUCUUCCCGCGACAAAGAACUUCAAGCGACGGGUUUUCUCGAGUCAGCUGCAGGAGAAGACCACGAUCUUAUCCGCAGACCAAAGGGUCAGGAAGCUACGUUUACUCAAGAGAUGGAUAUUCCACAGACAAAAUCGACAAGACCAGAGAAGACUUGA